AGUGGGGUGGAUUUCCUCGUGGCCAGCUGCAGUGGAGGGUACGCUGUUAAAUCUAACAAUAUUUAGACGUAGCAAGUAUGUUUUUCCACAUUAUGCAUUUCGCCUUCGCAGAGAGCACAUUGUUCCAAGCCUCCUCUCCGCACUGAAACUCGCGAAAAUAUAUAUACACAUAUACAAUAUCUCAUCCCCUGAAACAAGUGUAAAACCCAAGAGUGCGGUGCGUGCAUAAACGAAGAUGACAAUGGACAUAAACAACGGAAAAACAGAAAUUAAAGCUGAUGUGUUUUUAAUGAAAAGUGAGGAACAAACCGAGGUGCCGGUGAAGACCAAGAGAUCCUUCGAUGUCGCCUUCCUCAUGCUUCCCGAUGAGAAGCUCAAGCAGAAGCAGAAUAAACUUCAAAAAUUCACGUCGAACUACGAAGUGGAAAUCAGCAGCCGGAACGAAAAUAAUAACUCUCCAGUGCAAACCAACUCCGACGAGGACGAAGAGAUCGAGGUGGACACGCCGAAAAUUGACUUCAGCAAGUUACAAAACACAAAAUAUUUCACACAGAAGCAACAAAUCUUCGGUGAUCCGCAUCUGGGUAAACCGAAGCAGCUCGAAAACGAAUACCGCGCAAAGGUGACACUGAAUUCAUCCUCACCGGAGCAGAAGAGCGCCUUCACAAAAGUAAGUCUCGCGUCGAAGGAGUCAAGGCUUUCCCCGAACCUCUCAAUCAGUCCUGAUCUCAGCUACCAAAACUCUUUAAGUCCGUCCCCACCCAUAAUUAAUCGUAAUUACCAAAACUUCCAUCAAUCCAUGCUUUCCCCGAAUCAGCUCUUCAAAGCCCAGAAUGUCCCAGCAUAUCAAAACAAUUUCAUCCACGAGAACUUCACCGGUCAUUCCCAAUUGGAAUCUCCGUUCAUCCUGAAGUCCCCAAAUGCCGCAGAAUUGAUGCAACCAAACUUCUCCAAACUCCGCCCGAUGCUAACGCAAUACCGCCCCGAUCUUUCCACUUACAAUUACACCCAAUUCCAGCAGCAGGAAAUGCUAAAGAUAUCUCAGCCCGAAAUGAAAUUCACCCCGGAGAUCCGUAACCCUGCUGCCGCGAUUUUAUCCUCGUUACUUCCCCCUUCAUUAGCCGCCCUAUCGCUUCCCGCACAAAACGUUUGCGCCAAAUGCAACAUCUCGUUCCGGAUGACUUCCGAUUUGGUCUAUCAUAUGCGUUCGCAUCACAAGAACGACACCGCGGAUUACAGUAAACGGAAACGAGAGGAGAAGCUCAAGUGUCCGGUCUGUGCGGAAAGCUUCCGCGAACGGCAUCAUCUGACCAGACACAUGACCGCACACCAGGAUAAGGACAACGACGGCGACGAACCCGAAAACAAGAAGAAAGUUUUUUUACCCUUUGGGAAAUAAUUCACUCCCUCUUCACACUUC